AUGACCCGGGAAGGCGGCCCCGGGCUCCUUGCUACCUGGUGGGAUCAGUUCCGGUAUACGACGGUUCCAUUAUCAUCAAGCAACAACACACUGCGAGACAAACAGCCCCGAUGGAAGACCUGGCUUCCGCACGGUCUUUCGCAAGGCCUCGAAGAAGGACGAGUAGGGCGAGAGUGGAUCAAGGGAGCCGUCAUCUGCACCUGGAUCACUGCGACAAUCCUAGCCCUCAACUCUAUACUGCUCAUGGUGGCACUUAUAUUCGCCUAUCGGCAAUCGAGCAACCGGGGUCAAUUCCAGAUGGUGGUGCUGUACACGGGACAAUGCUCGCUGGCCAGCCACUCCGCGACGGGCCUACAUGUAGUGAUCAACGUCCUGGGAACAAUCCUACUCGGGGCCAGCAGCUACGUCAUGCAGUGCCUGGGUGCACCCUCUCGCUCGGAUAUCGACCGGGCCCACGCACGCUCACGCUGGGUGACGGUAGGAAGUUUCAGCUUCCGCAACUUUGCAGUCAUGAGCCCCAAAAGGAAGGUCUUGUGGGGGCUCCUGCUGCUCAGUUCCACUCCGAUCCAUAUGAUAUACAACUCGGUCAUCUUCUCGUCCAUUGCAGAGCUUGAGUCCGGAAACCUCCUGAUCCCACACGACCUCUCCUCGACCGAGGCCUUGGUCGAUGACACGGCGAGCCGCGAGAGCUUCCGGGCCCGAGUGGGACUCGAUCCCGCGGUUGUACAACAGCGGAUUUUCGAUGGAACCUUCACCAACUUGACGGACAAGGAGUGCUGGGCCCAGCGGGCGGAUGAUACAUUGUACAGUACCCUGGUCUAUGUCGCGGAGAGGAAGUACUUUCACAACACAAGCAGUCUGUGGGUAGACGGGGCACUAUACCCCUCCGACCACAACUACUACCCAUAUUUAAACACCCCCUCACACUGGCAGAACAGCUCCUGGGCAGCUGCAACCACCUUCGAAUUCUUCAAAGAGGGCGACUUGGACAUAGGACUAUACCCCGACGUUCCUGUUCUGCAUUGCCUGAUGGAUGAAAGCAGACAGCGCUGCCAGCUGCUCUUCAGUCCCCCGAUUGCCAUUGCCGUCAUCAUUUGUAAUGCGAUCAAAUUGAGCUGCAUGAUACUAUCCGUGGGCGUCAGGCGGAGGGAUCUGUUCCUGACUGUAGGCGACGCGCUGGCUUCGUUCCUCACGCGACCCGAUCCAACAACUCGUGGUCAAUGCCUGCUCUCUCGCGCAGAGGUCGCCGAAGGGCUGCGACUCCGGGGCUACUCUGCCCUUCCUCUCGGUCGUCACCAGGGAGACUUGGCGCCAGCACCAAGCGCCACCCAAAGCUCUAAACCCUCCAGCGGCAGCCCUGGCCAGAGCGCAGAAUUCCGGCAUCACCCGUCAGACAACAUCCUACUAUCUGCAUACGGAUCGCAAAACCCCAUUGACCCUCGCCCAAAGCAGGUCACCCCGCGCCAGAGGUGGUAUCAAGCCGUGAGCUGGCCUCGCCGGAUAAUACUUCUAUUCUGCUACGCAUCAUGCCUCGCAAUCAGCUUCGCCCUCCUCUUCCACGGCAUCGGCUCCGACCCGUUCCACGAAGCCAUGUCCAUCGGCUUCAGCCAGUACUCGGGGUCCUAUGUCGCCAACACGAACACCACCAACAUCGUCGCCCUGAUCCUGUUCGCCAACACCCCGCAACUCGGCCUGUCCGUGCUAUACUUCCUCACCAACGGGGCCGUGACCGGCAUGCUGCUGGACGCCGAGCUCCAGCGCUACGCGACGCGCCGCCGCGCCCUCCGCUGCUCCUGGCCCCGGGGCCAACAACGCUCCACCUACUACCUGACUCUGCCCUACCGGUACAGCAUCCCGCUCCUGGCGGGAUCCGCCGCGCUCCACUGGCUUCUCUCCCAGAGCUUCUUCUUCGUAUACGUCCGGCGGGUCGAUCUCGCCCAGCGGCUCAUCUCUGAGGAGCUGCGCGGGUGCGCCUACUCCCCGUUGGCGAUCUUCAUCACCAUCUGGGUCGGUCUUGCGGGGAUGAUGGUGGUGGUGGUGGGGCUCGGGUUCCGGCGGUUUGAGACCCGCAUGCCGCUGGCCGGGGGGUGUAGUCUGGUUCUGGCCGCGCUGUGCCAUCCGGCGGAGGGCGAGGCGGGCGCGGCGGAGAAGCCGGUGAUGUGGGGGGAGGUUUCCCAUGAUCCUGACGGCACCGUGGCGCGGUAUGACAAGCGGAGAGUCGAGGAGAGGCUGGUGGAGGAGGAGGAGGAGGAGGAGGAGGAGGAGGGUGCGGGGGCGACGGGGGCCACCGCUCCUGCCGCGCGGGAUGAUGGGACGAUGGCAGGAUAUCCGCAUUGUUCGUUUACCUCGAUGGAAGUGACGGCGCCGAGGUUGGGUCAGCUCUAUGCUUGA